AUGAGCGAGGGCAUGCAAAUUUUAGACGCGCAGAUCUGUGGUUACCUCUACAGCGAGCCGAAAACUUAUGGUGGCCACGAAUUGAGUAUAUUAUCCAGGCCCUGGAUGGCUUUACUAAUGUUUAGGGAAGGCAACGUCGAACGUUUUAAAUGUGGUGGCACCUUAAUAACGGAACGGUUCGUGUUAACCGCUGCGCAUUGCUUCAACGAAGGUGACCCACAAUUUGUACGUUUGGGGGAAUACAAAAUAUCGAAUGAAACAGACUGCGGCAUAGUAAAAGGAAAGUAUGAGUGCGCACCACCAGUUGAGGACAUAAAAAUUGAUAAGGUUAUUAAGCACGAGAAUUUCUCGAAGUUUACUGGCCUUAAUGAUAUAGCAUUGAUCAAACUAUCCAAGGAAGUAGUCAGGGACGAGAAUGGAAAACUGAAAAAUAAUAUUCGGCCAAUAUGCUUGCCGCUAAACGAUACACUGCAGGAGUUGGCCGAAAAUGAGGAAGAGUUUCUUGUAACUGGUUGGGGAAAAAUGGAAACUGCAAACUUUUCUGAUGUUAUGUUAGAGACUAACAUCAAUAAAAAGACUCGCAAAGAUUGCCGAAACAUUUCAUCAUCCCAGUUGUGCGCUGGUGACUUGGGCUUUGACUCUUGCAGUGGCGAUUCUGGCGGUCCCUUAUUUUUGUUGACUGACAUGUAUAAAAAUCUUCAAAGAUUUGUGCAAUUGGGAAUAGUAAGCUAUGGUGCCACACAUUGCGCCAAUGGCGAACCCGCCGUUUAUACAAAUGUUGCCAGCUAUAUUCACUGGAUUGCCGAUAAUAUUGCCCAUAAUUAG